CUGACUUAUUUAGGACACUGAGUUCUCUUUACAUGAUUUAAAUUCGUUAUUUCUUGUCUGUAUGUCUACAUAGUUUGUGGAAGGAAAUAAUACUAAAAUUAGGAUCGCAACAUAUAUUUUCUGAAAUCAGAAACGACGAUCGCGACAAACGUUAAUGGAAUGGGAAUGAUAUAAAUUUGUUAACAGCAAAAUAAUAGCGAUGGAAUUAAUAUUUAAAUGGUUACUUGUUGUGUUGGCAAUCAAACAAGUAUGCACGGCCAGUGCCCCAACACCACCUGACAACAAAGGUACAGAGUUUAUUUUAAUGUUUAUGGAAAACGUAGCGACGGCCGACAAGCAAUUUGACUUGGAAUUAUAUUGUACGACACAACAAACCACCCCGGUCACAGUGCACGUUACAACGCCAUUGUGGAAUAACCCGAGAGUGGACGAGACAUUUACUGUUAUAGAUGGAAAUGUAACUAAAAUAAUCAUAAGCGCUUCUCUACGAAUGACCGGUAGUGGCGUUGAUACAAAAGGCAUACAUGUUAGUGCCGACGCCGAGGUGGCUUGUUACGGCGCUAAUAAAGAAACAACGUCAAACGACGUAUACCUUGGUCUGCCCGUUGAUGCAUUGGGGAUGGACUAUUACACCGUCAGUCACAGUCCUCCGGAGAACAUGGCUGAAAUAGGCAUUGCUGGGACAGAAGACGGAACGACCGUGUCCAUUACGUUGCCUGCAGGGCAUGGUCCAUUGUCUGUGACAUUCCAGGGCAAAACGUAUCAUGAAGGAGAAACAAUAAGUGUAACAUUAGAUCGAUUCAAGACGCUACAGCUGCAAAGCAAGGGUGAUCUAACAGGAACACAUAUUGUAACGUCGAAACCAGUUGCUGUCUUUAGUGGCAACAUAAAGACAAACGUCGGUACUGGGACAUUUUCCGAUCAUCUAGUCGAACAAAUGGUGCCGGCCGAUAGAUGGGGAAAAGAGUUUGUGACGGCUCCCAUCCCGGGCAGGACCGUAGGAGACGUUUUCCGAGUGGUCGCAAAAGCGAAUGGCACUGUAGUAUCAAUUACAGGAAGACCACCAAUAACUCUUAACGCGGGAGAAAGCAGAGAAUUUGAGAUACCCUCUGAUCAAUACGCGCACAUUACUUCGACAGAGCCUGUCAUGAUUGCACAGUUUGUAAAAAGCCAGUUAACCUCUGCAGAGCCUGCAGACCCAUCGAUGAUUCUCGUCCCGCCUCUUGAACAAUUUGGAUCUGAUUACACGUUCACCACGCCGGAAUAUUCUCGACCUGAUUACGGAAACGCGUCAAUAUAUCGGUACCAAAACGAGUUCAUGAUAGUUGCUAAAAAGUCAGAUAUCGGCGGUCUUCUACUAGAUGGAAAGCCCUUUCCACAAUCAACCUGGAAGGAUAUUCCGGGUACAAAUCUAGUUGGCACGUACUUAACUCUGCCUCACGGUCCUCACACGGUGCGCCAUAGCGACCCUUUGUCGACGUUUGGUGGGUACUUGUAUGGUCAUGCCUACCGAGAAUCAUAUGGCUUUCCGACCGGAAUGAGAACAGCGUUGAUAUAUUCGUCGAAUUGUAAACCAACCCCGACAGUCCCUGGCGAUGGAAUAGACAACGAUUGUGACAAUAAAAUAGACGAAGAGCUGUGCACACCAGACAACAAUAUGAACGACGAUGAUGGGGAUGGAAGGCAGGAUGAGGAUUGUGUUAAAACAACGCCAAUCGAUGGAUUUUGGGGCACUUGGGCUGCCUGGAGCACUUCCUGUUCAGUAACAUGUGGAGAUGGAGUAGUCACCCGUAAGAGGAAGUGCGAUGCUCCAGUACCAAAGUUUGGUGGCAAAAAUUGCACUGGAUUAGACUUUGAAAAUAAAGCAUGCUACAGUGGUCAACUUUGUUCAUUGGAUGCAGCAAACUUCUGUGCCUCAAACGCUAAAGGAAUAGCCCCAAAUCCCCUCAACUGUGCCCAGUACAUAGACUGCAGUCGAAAUGGGCCCUACAACCAAACCCACUUGUUUGAAUGUCCAUACCCUGACCUGUUCAAUGCCAAUACUCUUCAGUGUGACAACUUUGAGAAUGUUCAUUGCGACAAAAGGAUGGAACCUAUGGAUCCUUGUGACUACCUGCAAAACCAAUGCAAUGGGAGUGACCCGAAUUGUAAACCCUGCCGAGAUCGCUGGCCGUCAUGUGUUGCCAAAGACGAUGGGCGCCAGGCUGUAUCAGUGUUUGCUCCAGAAUAUGCUGAUUGCAAAAAGAACAGAACCAUGUCACAGGGAAAGUGUGAUAUUGGUUUCUUUGAUUCCAGAAGCCAUCAAUGUGUGCCGCAUAAUCCAGGGUCUCUCCAAUUCUAUUGUCGAGUGCACCCAACAGCCAAGAUCCCAGAACCACAUAACUGUGCUAAAUAUUAUGACUGUACCAAGAAAGGUCGCACCCUUCAAGAUUUCACAUCAGAAUGCCAGUACCCUGACCUGUUCUCCAUGACAACCAAUCAGUGUGAAAACUUCUCCCAGGUGGCAUGUACUCCAAGAACGGAGCCCCAGGCACCAUGUGAGUAUGACCAGAACCAUUGUCCACCCACAAACACAACAUGCAGUUGCCCGGACAACCAUGCCGAUUGCAGGGGUCAGUUGGACGGUACCCAGUCCUGGCCAGGCAAACUGUGGGGACCAGACUUUGUGGACUGUCUGACCAAUCGGACCAUGAAGCAGCAGCGUUGCAGCCCUGGGCUCUACUUUAACCCCGUUCUGAAGAAGUGUAUCGACUCUGUAAAGCCAGGUGAAGUUACAGACGUGUGCUCUGCUAAUCCGACCCUGGUGCUACAAGACAGUCAGAACUGUGCAAAGUACAUCAACUGCUCAUUGGCCACCUCAUUGCUAGGAAACCACAUGCAGGAGUGCACCUACCCAGACCUGUUCUCCAUGACGACCAAAUCAUGUGACAAGUUUGAGAAGGUUAAUUGUGACCAACGACCUGAACCUAUGGCACCUUGUGACUAUGACCAAAACAAGUGUGCCCCAGGAAACGCAACAUGCCACUGUCCGGACAACCUGCCCAGCUGUGUGGGUCUAGCAGAUGGGAACCAGUCAUACCCUAGCAGGAUUUGGAAACCAGACUACGUCGUCUGCUACAAGAAUAGGACCAUUUUGCCCACACACAAGUGCACCAAGGGAUACUUUCAUCCUGUGCUCAAACAGUGCACAGAAAAUAUUGCAAAGACGGAUGCUGUGCCCUACUGCAAGGCUAACCCCACAGGCAUCAUACCGGUCCCGGACAGCUGUGCCCAGUACAUCAACUGCUCGCGGGUAGCGUCCGGGCUGGCCAAUGCUGACCCGGUCUCAGAGUGUAUCUACCCGGACCUGUUUUCCAUGGCGUCCAUGUCAUGUCAGGACUUCACAACCGUACAGUGUGAUAAGAGGCCCGAGCCAAUGGCACCCUGUGAAUACAAGCAGUUCAACUGCAGUCUAUUGGACCCAAAGUGUGUCCCCUGUCCUGACAGACUGCCCAGCUGUGUGGGUCUAGUAGAUGGGAAUCAGUCAUACCCCAGUAGGAUGUGGAAACCAGACUAUGUUGACUGCUACAAGAACAGAACCACACUACCUGUUAAAAGAUGCACAAAGGGAUACUUCCAUCCUGUACUCAAACAGUGCACAGAGAUUGUCAAUAAAACUGAUGCCAAGCCCUACUGCACGGCCAACCCUAAUGAUGUCAUCGCUAUGCCAGAUGACUGUGCCCAGUAUAUUGACUGCACUGUCAUUAUUGGCAACCCAACUGCAGAACCAGUCAAGGAGUGUCCCUACCCAGACCUGUUCUCCACUCUCUCCAUGGUCUGUCAGGACUUCACAACCGUGCAGUGUGAUAAACGACCAGAGCCUAUGGCACCCUGUGAGUAUGAGAAGCUAAGAUGUGCCCCAGGGAAUUCCACGUGUAACUGUCCUGCUACCCUGCCCAGCUGUGUGGGACUCACAAACGGGAACCAGCCCUUCCCCAGCAGGAUGUGGAAACCAGACUUUGUCAUCUGCAACAAGAACAGAACCAAUCUGCCCACGGAAAAGUGCACCAAGGGAUACUUCCAUCCUACUCUGAAGAGGUGUACAGAGGAUAUAACUAAACCUGAUGCCACUCCGUACUGUCAGGCCAACCCCACGGCCAUUGUGCCACUGAGUGACAACUGCGCCCAGUACAUCAACUGUUCUGUGGUUGCCAUGGGAACCAUAGCUGACCCUGUCCAGGAGUGCACCUACCCUGACCUCUUCUCCAAGGUUACCCUGAUGUGUGUGAACUUCACCACGUUGCCCUCUUGUGAUGGUCGAAGGGAACCAAUGGCUCCAUGUGAGUAUAAGCAGAACCUUUGCUCACCACUGCAAACCCCUGGGUGUACUCCCUGCCCCUCACGACUGCCCAGCUGUGUGGGGGUCCCUGACGGGGACCAGCCGUUUCCAGGGCAACUGUGGGCAGACAACUUUGUUCACUGCUAUAGAAACCGCACCCUGGGUGUGGACAAAUGUCCUGCGGGGUCAGUGUUUGACCCCAACACCAGGCAGUGUACAUCAAGUAUUAACUCCAAAAACAUCGACUCCUUCUGCCAAGCCAAUCCAACAGCUGUGAAGACAAACCCAUCAAACUGUGCCCAGUUCUUCAAUUGUUCCGAUCUUUCAUCUCGCUACGGGCACUUUCUGGAAGAGUGCACAUAUCCCAUGCUCUUCUCUAAUACGACCUUGACCUGUGAAAGGUUUGAAUCUGUGAACUGUAAAAACAGAUCUGAGCCGCAAGCCCCUUGUGAAUAUCUACAAAACCUCUGCAACCCAUCAGACCCAAAUUGUGUCCGAUGCCCUGAUAGGUUACCAAGCUGUGUGGGUCUAGCAGACGGGAACCAGCCCUUCCCCAACAGGAUGUGGAAACCAGACUACGUUGUCUGCAACAAGAAUAGAACCAAUCUACCCACUCAGAAAUGCACAAAGGGAUACUUCCAUCCUGUGCUCAAACAAUGCACAGAGGACGUUAACAAAACUGAUGCUAAGGACUAUUGCCAUGCCAACCCAACAAGUGUGCUACCAAUGGCUAACAACUGUGCCAAGUACAUCAACUGCAGUGCAUUCCUUGUGGGUGACGUACCUGACCCGGUCGUUGAGUGCAUGUAUCCUGACCUCUUCUCCACUGCAACCCUGCGCUGUGAGAAGUUUGAGAGUGUCGUCUGCAAUAAAAGGAAGGAACCACAGGCACCUUGUGAGUAUGAUGCCAACCAGUGUGACCCGGGCAAUCCCCAGUGUGUGCCCUGUGCUACACGACUGCCCUCGUGUGUGGGUCUGGCAGACGGUACCCGUGUAUUUCCGGGACGGGAAUGGAAACCGGACCACAUUACUUGCUACAAGAACCGAACUGUGCUGCCCACAGACAGAUGUGCAGAUGGUUUCUUCCAUCCUGUCAAAGAGCAGUGUACAAAGGACAUUGAUAAAGUGGAUGCGUUACCAUACUGUCAGGCCAAUCCACACGACAUGAUCCCCAUGAGGAACAACUGCGCCCAGUAUAUCGACUGCCCCCACGUGCUGAGUGCCAACCCCACUGACCCAGUGGGCGAGUGUACAUACCCUGACCUGUACUCAACUGUGUCUAGAGCCUGUCAGAGGUUCACCACGGUAACAUGUGGUACCCGGCCUGAACCCAUGGCCCCAUGUGAAUACGAACAGAACCUCUGCCCCCCUAACAACGCCUCCUGUGAACACUGCCCGCUGCGUCUGCCCAGCUGUAUAGGCCUGUCAGACGGUGCCCAGCCCUUCCCCACCCGCCUGUGGCUGGCAGACUACAUACAGUGCUACAGGAACCGGACUGUGGCCAUAACCAAGUGUCGACAGGGAACCAUCUUCGAUCCAAUCCAGCAAGCAUGCGUUUCUGAUGUACCUCGAGACAAGAUGGAAAGCUACUGUCAGGCGAAUCCCACAGCAAUAAAGAAGGACCCAGAUCAUUGUGCACAGUAUUUCAACUGCUCAGAGACCAACACCACCUUGGGCCACCAUUUAAUGGAGUGUAAAUACCCGGAUCUGUUUUCCGACACUACCCUGAGGUGUGAAAGUUUUGAAACGGUGUUGUGUGCAACUAGGAAUGAGCCUAAAGCUCCGUGUGAGUACAGUCAGAAUCAGUGUAACCAUGGCAACACUUCCUGUGCCCCAUGCCAAGACCGUCUGCCCAGCUGUGUGGGUCUGCCAGACGGUGCACAACCUUUCCCGUCCAAAUUGUGGUCUGCCCAGUAUGUCGUCUGCUACAAGGAGAGAACCACCGAGCUCAAGCAGUGCCCCAACAACGGGUUCUUUAAUCCCACUAGCAAAAAAUGUGACAAUACUGUGCAGAGACCUGAUGCUAAGCCGUACUGCCAGUCCCAUCCUGCUGCCGUGGUAACCCUGCAUGACAACUGCGCCCAGUACAUCAACUGUUCUGCGUACAUGGCCGGUUCCUUGGCUGACCCAGUGGUGGAGUGCACAUACCCAAAACUGUUUGAUGAUAAUACAUUGACCUGUAGAGACUUCCAGUCUGUGACCUGUGGGGCUCGACCGGAACCUAAGGCGCCAUGUUACUACCAGCAAUAUCAAAAGCCCUGUGCACCUGCCGAUUCCAACUGUAUCCCAUGUGACAACACAUACCCAAGCUGUGUGGGUCUAGCAGACGGGAACCAACCCUUCCCCAGCAGGAUGUGGAAACCAGACUACGUUGUCUGCAACAAGAAUAGAACCAGUCUACCCACUCAGAAAUGCACAAAGGGAUACUUCCAUCCUGUGCUCAAACAAUGCACAGAGGACGUUAAUACAACUGAUGCAGUACCGUACUGUCAGGCAAACCCCAGAGACAUGUUGCCAAUGGCGACCAACUGUGGCAAGUACUACAACUGCACGGCAACCCUGGUGGGUGGCAGUGUGGUACAGGAGUGUCCCUACCCUUACCUGUUCUCCACUCUCUCCAUGGUCUGUCAGGACUUCACAACCGUGCAGUGUGAUAAACGACCAGAGCCUAUGGCACCUUGCGAGUAUGAUCAGAACCAGUGCUCCCUAAGCGACCCAAGCUGCUCCCCAUGCCCAGAUCGGCUCCCGUCCUGCGUGGGUCUGCCCAACGGAGAGGAACCAGCCCAGGCCCACCUGUGGACGGACAUGUACGUGCGUUGCUAUAGGAACCGCACCCUCGAGGUGGAGCAUUGUCCAUCUGGUGCUGUGUACAACCCGGAUAAGCUAGCUUGUGUCACAAAGAUCACAUCAGGAGACGUGAGCUUGUAUUGCCAGGCCAACCAUAACGCCAUCAAGCCUCAUGAGACUAACUGUGCCCAGUACUACAAUUGCUCCAACCCCAGCUCAAGGUUUGGCAACUACAUAGAGGAGUGUCACUAUCCGGACCUGUUCUCAACUGUGUCCAUGAGUUGUGCCCCCUACUUGACAGUGCCUUGUGGUACAAGGAUGGAGCCCCAGGCACCUUGUGACUACCUGCAGAAUCGAUGUAACGGCAGUGAGCCAGGCUGUGUACCAUGUGACCAGCGUCUGCCGAGCUGCCUUGGCCUCCCAGACGGCAAGAAUGCAGUGGCUGGAAAGGAAUGGCAGCCUACGUACGUGAAGUGUAAGGACAACAGGACAGUGAGCAUGGAGCAGUGUAGUACAAAGUACUUUCAUCCCAUCACCAAAAAAUGCACGGAUCAGUUGGACAGAGGUGAUGUCAAGGACUAUUGCCAAAAGAACCCUACAGCCAUUCUUGCUGCAGAGGACAACUGUGCCCUGUACUUCAACUGCUCAGACCCACAUUCCAUGCUGGGCCCAUACAUCGGCGAGUGCACAUACCCGAACCUGUUCUCUCGGUUUACCAUGACAUGUGGCUCCUUCAGAAACACCCUGUGUGAUAGCAGGCCAGAACCACAGGCACCUUGUCAGUAUGAGCGUAACCUGUGCCCCAAGUCAGACCUCCAGUGUCUCCCGUGCCCUGAGCGGUUGCCAAGCUGUGUGGGGCGCCAUGACGGUCCCCAGCCGGACACAACCCAUCUCUGGGGCAACAAGUACAUAGAGUGCUUCAUGAACCGCACCAUGACAACCAGAACCUGUCACCCUGGAGAAUACUUUCACCCACGUCUGAGGCAGUGUCGUAGUUACGUGGAUCCAGUGGAUAUACCAGAGUACUGCAAGAUGCAUGCCACGGAGGUGGUGACCAGCCCGGACAACUGUGCUGUCUACUACAACUGCUCUGACUCAAGGUCGGCCUUCAAGGCUGAGUGCCCCUAUCCUGACCUGUUUGACUCCACGGCCAUGAGAUGUAGCAGCUUCGAACAGAUCCAGUGCGGCAAUAGGCCAGAGCCAAUGGCCCCAUGCCAGUAUGAUCAAAACCAAUGCAAGCCCUCAGACCUUGCCUGCAAACCAUGUGUAGACCGGUUCCCUUCAUGUGUUGGACAUGCUGAUGGUAACUGGCCCGUCACUAGCAGCAGCUGGGGACCAGACUAUGUUAAGUGCUACAAAAAUAGGACUCUUGGUGUGGAGCAUUGCAAGACGGGCUUCUUCCAUCCUGUUCAGAGAACAUGCACAUCAGAUAUCGGCAAAAACGACCUGUCCUACUACUGUGAUGCCCACCCGUCUGCUGUGAUUGGUAACCCAGACAACUGUGCCCAGUACGUGAACUGUUCUCUCGUCACGGCAACCACAAUACCCAUGCAGGAAUGCACGUACCCAGACCUGUUUGCAGCAGACACACGCACCUGCAGCAGAUUCACCACGGUGACUUGUGGAACAAGGAUGGAACCACAGGCUCCAUGUGAGUAUGAUCAGAACAAGUGUGCCCCAGGGGACAGCUCCUGUACCCCCUGCCCAGAAAGGCUCCCAAGCUGCAUAGGGAUCCAGGACGGUGCCCAGCCCUUCACAGGGCGGGAAUGGACCCAGCAAUAUAUGGAGUGUUUCAGGAACCGGACUGUGGCCCUUAAUACGUGUCCACCAGGGUCUGUGUUUGAGCCUUACCAGUCCUCAUGUGUCUCCAGGAUUGAUAAGAAUGUCAUCCAGUCUUAUUGCCAGUUCAACCCAGGGGCCCUAAAGGAGCACGCAGACAACUGUGCCCAGUACUACGACUGCUCACAGCCUGCAUCCCCCCUGGGCCCCUUCCUCAUGGAGUGCCCCUACCCACAGCUCUUCAGUGCCCUCUCCUCAGCGUGUGUCCCCUAUCAACAGGCACAGUGUGGCAGGAAAACUGAGCCAAAGGCACCAUGUGACUACAUAAAAAACCUCUGUUCCCCCACGGACCCCAACUGCAUCCCCUGCUCCAGUCGGUUGCCGAGUUGCGAUGGCCUUAGCAAUGGGCCCCAGCCAUACCCAGGCCGCUUAUGGCAGACGGACUACGUGAGUUGCCGUGACAACAGGACCAUUGCCAUGGAGACGUGCCCACGGGGGUUCUUCAGUCCACUACAGAGGUCUUGUGUGGACUCUGUGACCAAGACUACUAUAGUAGACUACUGCAAGGCGCACCCAGAGGACAUAAUGACUGACCCCAGUAACUGUGCGCGCUUCUUCAACUGCUCUGAUCCAGCCUCGCCCCUGGGGCCAUACCAGGAGGAGUGCUCUUAUCCUGGCCUGUUCUCCGUUCAGCUGAAGAGUUGUAUGCCCUUUGAUACAGUUGACUGCCUGAAUCGUCAUGAACCAAAGGCACCAUGUGACUAUGCGUCCAACCAGUGUUCCCCUCAGGACUCGCAGUGUGUCCCCUGUGCCCAGAGGCAUCCCUCAUGUGAGGGCCUCCCAGAUGGGGACAACCUCCUCCAGUCCAGCCUGUGGAAGGGCCAGUACAUCCGGUGUAUGGGAAACAGGACCCUGUCUACGGAGCGUUGUGGCCAGGGGUACUUUAACCCUCACACAAGAUUCUGUCAGACUGAUGUGGACCCAGUGGACAUAGUGCCUUACUGCAAGGCCAACCCCCAGGCAAUAGUAGCCAAGGGUGACAACUGUGCCCAGUACUUCCUGUGCAGCAAGGUGGUGGGAACCAUGGCAACAGUUGAGGAGUGUCCAUACCCUGACCUCUUCUCACGGUCAACUCUGCGCUGUGAAAGGUUUGAGAGUGUGGACUGUGACCGCAGACCAGAACCUCAGGCCCCUUGUCAGUACAGUCAAAACCAGUGUGCUCCUAACGACCCCACCUGCGCCCCGUGUGCGUCUCGGCUACCAAGCUGUGUACGGGAGCAGGAUGGCUUCCACCCUGUGGGGGGCCAGGCCUGGGGAUCAGGCUAUGUUGAGUGUAGGAAGAACCGCACCAUAUCUGUCAGCCAGUGCCCCCAGGGGUCGUACUUCAGUCCUACUGAUCAUAGGUGCACUCAGAAUAUCAACACUGGAGAUAUAGACAGCUUCUGCAGGGCACACCCUACUCAUAUCAGGCUACACCCCACCAACUGUGCCCAGUAUUAUGACUGUGCUGCCACUGCCUUAGGCGGUCAAAUACUCAGAGAAUGCCCCUACCCUCAACUGUUUGACCCUGCGACCUUAACCUGCAAGCCUUUCACCAACGUGAGCUGUGGAAUCAGAUUUGAACCAACCGCCCCAUGCGAGUACAUGUCAAACCAAUGCAGCCCCAGCCAAACAGGGUGUGUUCCGUGCAACCAGCGGCAGCCAUCUUGUAACGGCCUUGCAGACGGUUACCAUGCAUUCCCGGGUUUGCUAUGGCAGCAACAGUACAUCAUUUGCUACAAGAACAGGACAACAUCAGUGACUCAAUGCACAGGCGUGCAGUUGUUUAAUCCCACAUCUAGGAAGUGUGUCGAUGUUAAAGACCUAACAAAAGCUGAGAUCCAAAGUUACUGCCAGUCACAUCCUACCUCCGUUCUCGCCGACCCCACAGACUGUUCCCGCUAUUUCCAGUGCAGCGCUAUUGGCCUUUCCAGUGGGGGCCACCUACAGUGCACCUACCCUGACUUGUUCUCACCUACUAGCGGACGCUGUGUUGACUUCAGCCUUGUAGACUGUGGCACACGAAAAGAACCCACUAGGCCAUGUGAGUAUGAUCACAACCAGUGCCCCACCAGUGACCCAGCCUGUGUUCCCUGCCCUACCAGACUCCCUGACUGUCAGGGUAGGCCAGAUGGGGACAACGGGAUACCGGGCAUGCUCUGGUCACUCAACUACGUCCGUUGCCAGGGUAACAGAACUGUGGAGGUCAAGAGGUGCACACAGGGCGUGUUUGACCCUAACAUUCGCGCCUGCAGUAGUAACAUCGGGCCAAGUCACAUCAAUGACCUCUGCUUUUCCAACCCCAAGGCCAUUGUUCCACACCCUACAAACUGUGCCCAGUACUUUGACUGCUCUAAAGCAAGCACCCCGUUUGGUCACUUCCUGAUGGAGUGCCCCUACCCUGACCUGUUUGACGAGCGCACCCUCACAUGUAAACCCUUCACACAGGUGCAGUGUGGAAAUAAGGCAGAACCAAAGGCCCCUUGCGAGUAUUUCCAGAACCUGUGCCCAGCAGGUAACCUGACCUGUACCCCAUGUGGUCAGCGACUGCCCAGCUGUGUGGGACUCCCAGAUGGGUCAAGGUCACUGCCCAGUCAGUCCUGGAGCCCGCAGUUCAUGACCUGCUCCUUGGGGCGCACCCUGGCCCUUCACCAGUGCCCCAGUGGCGUGUUUGAUCCUACAAGAAUGGUAUGCUCAACCAGUGUUCAGCCAGUGGAUAUUCCCAAGUACUGUCAGGCCAACCCCCAGGCCGUACUACCAGAUCCCAGCAGCUGUUCCAAGUACUUUAACUGCAGCAAGCCAGAGACCGGCUACCAGCAAGAAUGCCUCUAUCCCAUGUUGUUCUCUGUGGAAUUCUCCUCCUGCGACACUUUCAGGAACGUGCAGUGUGGCACAAGACCUGAACCACAGACACCAUGUGAAUACACGCAGAAUCAGUGUUCGCUUGGAGACCUGAGUUGUGUCCCUUGCCCGCAGCGCCUGCCCUCCUGUAGGGGUCUCCCUGAUGGGAUAAACGGGGCCCCUGGUCACCUCUGGACGGACAUGUACAUUCAAUGCCUGCAAAACCGCACAAUGGUCGUGCAACACUGCCGACAUGGGUUCUUUAACCCGCUUCAGAAACAGUGUGUGGAAAAUGUAGACCCCAACCAAGUAAACCAGGUAUGUCAAGCCAACCCUUCGGCCAUAUUCUCUGACCCGACUAACUGUGCCAAGUACUACGACUGCCGACAGACCCUUGGUUUCGGGUCCUCAUACCUUAAAGAGUGCUCGUACCCGGACCUGUUCUCAGUCAGCCUGAAGUCCUGCCAGAACUUCACCACUGUGGACUGUGAGAACAGGACAGAACCCCAGGCUCCAUGUGAAUACGAUCAGAACCAGUGCGCAAGCAUGUUCAACUGUCGCCCAUGUUCAGAGAGGCUGGCCAGUUGUGUUGGACUACCGGACGGGGAGAAUGCCUACCCCGGGCGUAGGUGGACCGCUGACCACGUGUAUUGCCUUGGUAACCGCACACUGACCAGCGGUCGGUGCUCCAGUCCCUCGAUAUUCGAUCCAAUUGCAAGGAAGUGUACACCGAAUGUGGAUCCAUCUCACGCCCCAGACUACUGUCAGACCAACCCCCAGGCCAUGUUCCCUAGUACCCGGAGUGCUGCCCAGUACUUUGACUGUUCACAGCCCCAGUCGCCCCUGGGCACACCGUACCUGCAGGAGUGCACGUACCCGGACUUGUUUCACGCCUCAAACCUGCGCUGUCAGGGUUUCACCAGUGUGCCCACCGAUCAGCGGCCAACACCACAGGCACCUUGUGAGUAUGAGAAGAACCAUUGCCAGACCUGGGACGUGGGUUGUGUCCCCUGCCCCCAGAGACUGCACAGCUGUGUAGGUCUCCCUGACGGGCUCAACCCCAUCGAGGGCAAGCAAUGGAGCCCAGAGUAUGUGAACUGUCACCUCAACCGCACUGUGGGUUCUGGCAGGUGCUCCCAAGGCGUGUUUGACCCCAACUCCAGACAGUGUGCUAGCACCACCCAGCCUGGACCUUUGAGCAUACCUGACCAAUGCAGGCAGAACCCCAGCCUGCUCAUCCCUGACAGCAGGAGCUGUGCCCUGUACUAUAACUGCUCCAAGAUAGUGGGAACAUUGAGCCCACUGCUGCCAGCACAGCUUGAGGAAUGCGACUACCCCAAGCUGUACUCCACUCAGUAUGGAAGGUGUUUGGACUUCCAGAGUGUUCAGUGCAAUGACCGGAAUGAAGUUAUGGCCCCUUGCCAAUACCUGCAAAACCAGUGCAACUCUGCAGACGCCACCUGUCAGUCAUGCAUGGAGAGACUGCCAAGCUGUAUCGGGCUCCCAGAUGGGAACAAUCCGAUCCCUGGGCGUUACUGGACCAGGGAGUACAUACACUGCUACAAGAACAGGACACUGGCCAAGGAGUCUUGUCAAACAGGCUUCUUCAACCCAGACACCAGACAGUGCAGUGAUGAUGUCAGCAAAGGUAACAUUGAUGACUACUGUAAGAACCACCCCAAUGCCAAGGUGGCUAACGCCGACAAUUGUGCUCAGUUCUAUGAAUGCACCAAGACAUUGCCCAGGAUUGCUGCCCCUGUGACUGAUGGUCUCAGCCUGGUGAUCAGACAAGAAUGCCACUACCCUGACCUCUUCUCCACAAUCACUCAGCGGUGCGAACCCUUCACAAAGGUUAACUGCGAUAAACGACCUGAACCUCAAGCCCCCUGCGAGUACACUCAGAAUCAGUGUGCGCCUGGUGACGCCACGUGUGAGCCAUGUCAGGACCGACUGCCGAGCUGUGUGGGUCUCGGGGAGGGUGACCGGGGGGUGCCAGGUCGCGAGUACACGAGCCUGUACGUCAGCUGUCACCUCAACCGCACACUGGAUGUGAAACACUGUCAGCAGGGCUUCUUUGAUGCAGGACUUCAUAUGUGCGUCACACAGAUCAACUCUGCUAACAUAGGACCGUACUGUCAGCGCAACCCGCAGGCCAUUCUUCCCCACCCUACCAACUGUGCCUGGUACUACAACUGCUCUGUGAAAGGUCUGACCAGACAGAGUGUCUACCCAUAUGACAUUGAAUAUGCACAGGAGUGUCCGUACCCUGACUUGUUCUCAGCUGCUACCAUGAGGUGUGAACAUUUUCACAGCGUGUCAUGUAGGGGGAACUUUGAACCACAGGCUCCAUGUGAGUAUUUGAAGAACCGCUGCGACCCGUCCCAACCAAGUUGCCUCCCCUGCCCGAACAGACUCCCGAGUUGCAAGAGCCUGCCAGACGGGCAGCAGGUGAUCUCUAACCUCUACAACCUCAAGCAGUACCUGGUGGACUGUGACACAAGCCGCACAAUGUCCUACCAGGAGUGCACCCCUGGGUCUCUUGUAUGCUCGGGAAUGCCCACCAUGACAACGACCCCACCCUUCAUAGCAACCACACCUCGGCCUACCACACCCAUACCCACACAACCUCUUGGCAUUUGUGACAUCAAUCGUGGCCGGGUGGUGGGUAAUCCCACCCACUGUGGCCAGUACUACAACUGCACAAGACUAUUCCCGCCAUUCGUGUUCGAGUGUCAGUACCCGCAGAUGUUCUCAGAGGUUACACACCAGUGUGAGGACUUCCAACGGGUCUCCUGCGGGGCAAGACCAGAGUUUAAAGCACCUUGUGACUAUGAUCAGAAUCAGUGCCAGAUCAACAGUGGACCAUGUGUGCCCUGUAACCAACGGUUACCGUCGUGUGUGAACCUCCCCGACGGUAACCAUGCCUUCCCAGGUCGUGAGGGGACCUCCAGUUACAUCACCUGCCUCAAGGGACGUACCAUGUCUAUGGGCCAGUGUCCGUAUGGUGUAUUUGAUCAGUACCGAGAAAUAUGCUCCACACCAACUACAGCAUCGACAACUGUUGCUAUGACUACCAGUUCAAAUACCAUAGCGGGCUACUGUGUGCAGCACCCAAGGAACGUGAUACCAGACCCUAGCAACUGCCACCGUUACUACGAUUGCAGCACGUACAACACCCCCCUUGGUAGCUACCUCAUGGAAUGUCCCUUCCCCCAGGUGUUUGAUGCCACUUGGACCAUCUGCCGUUACAGAACGGACGUCAACUGUGGCCAGCGACCCGUACCAACCUCACAGUGUGACUACAAGCUCUUCCAGUGUAUUGGCAUGGACUGUGAGCGGUGCACAGGUCCAGGGGUCCAGACGCUACCUCCCACCACCCGCCUGCCUGUCACCCACACAACUCACCCACCUGUCAUUCACACUACCCACGAGACGGGGCCAAACUGUGUGGGAAAACCAGACGGUUUAAAUGCCUACCCGGGCAGGGAGCUGACUGGUUACUAUAUUGUGUGUCAGCAGAACCGCCUCAUUGAGACCGGUAUCUGUAUUAUUGACAAAAUACUGGACCCAAUCUUGAGAAGGUGCUCGUACCCAUCAGAAAAGGAUGUGAUUGGUCCAUACUGUCGCGCCAACCCUGAUGUUCUGAUCCCCAGUGACAUCAACUGUGCCCAGUACUAUCGGUGUGGCAGCUUUACCAACGGUUACCAAAACGUGCUCAUGGAGUGUGCCUCGCCCCUGCUCUUCUCCACCAUUGACAACAUCUGCAAGCACUACACUCUGGUGCAGUGUGGCCAGAGGUUCCAGCCACCACGUCCUUGAACUUGACCUCAACCUUGACCUCAAUCUCAGAACUAACGUUCUUGUUUUGUGGUGUAUUUUCUUGUCUUAUUCAAUAAAAGAUCUAUAUUUA